AAAAAUCAUCCCCCCUCCUCCUUUUCCUCUCUUCCGCCGCCGGACCGUCGCCGAGUGUUUAGUCUGUUGCUCCUAUUGAAUAAACAGUAUUUUUUGAAGGUUUCAAAAGCCCAUAAGAAAGUUUUUUUUUCUUCUUUUUUUCGUUUUUUUUUGUGCCUAUUUCUUGAUAUUGAAGAGCAAACAACAACAAGGAUAGUGAAAACCAUGAGUACUUCUGCUAAUGAUGGUGAAGAUCAAGGUGAGAUUUUUCUCAAUGAGGAUGACAUCAUUGAAGAAAUCAAUGUAGAUGAAGAAGAUCUUCCUGAUGCAGACGAUGAUGCAGAUUCUGAUCCCGAAACUUUUGAUGAAGCUGAUGAUUCGUUGCAUAUAUUCACUGGCCAUACAGGUGAAGUAUACACAGUUGCGUGCAGCCCAAAUGAAAGUACAUUGGUGGCUACAGGUGCAGGGGAUGACAGAGGUUUUUUAUGGAAGAUUAAUCAAGGAGAUUGGGCUUUUGAAUUACAAGGUCAUAAAGAUUCUGUAUCAUGCGUAGCCUUCAGUUCCGAUGGACAAUUGGUUGCAUCUGGAGGCUUUGAUGGGAUCAUUCAUGUGUGGGACAUAUCUUCAGGAAAUCUUAAAUGUACGCUUGAUGGACCUGGAGCUGGCAUUGAGUGGGUCAAGUGGCAUCCACGAGGACACCUUGUUCUAGCUGGUUCAGAGGAUUCAACCGUUUGGAUGUGGAAUGCUGACAAGAACGCAUAUCUUAAUACAUUCUCUGGUCAUGCCAGUAGCGUCACUUGCGGAGAUUUCACUCCUGAUGGUAAAACUAUUUGUACUGGUUCCGACGAUGCUAGCAUGAGGAUAUGGAACCCGAAAACUGGGGAGAACAUUCAUGUUAUAAAGGGUCAUUAUUAUCAUUCCGAAGGGCUGACAUGUUUGACCAUAAGCGCUGACUCAUCUCUUGUGCUUACUGGCUCAAAAGAUGGUUCUGUUCACGUUGUGAAUAUUACAACUGGGAAGGUCGUCACUUCACUAACCGCACAUACAGAUUCAGUUGAAUGUAUCGGGCUCUCUGCUAGUGCUCCUUGGGCAGCAACAGGAAGCAUGGAUCAGAAACUUAUUAUCUGGGAUCUACAACACUCUUUGGCUCGUUGCACAUGUGACCAUGAGGAAGGUGUGACAUGUCUAUCAUGGCUAGGUGCUACUCGGUUUGUAGCCACAGGGUGUGUAGAUGGCAAAGUGAGAAUAUGGGAUAGUCUUUCUGGAGACUGUGUCAAGACCUUCAGGGGGCAUACUGAUGCCAUCCAGUCUCUAGCCAUAUCAUCCGAUCAGUGCCACUUAGUGUCAGUCUCCCUUGAUGGAACUGCACGAGUCUUUGAGAUUGAAGGAUUUCGUUGAAUACCGGUUACAACAUUCAGUCUAGAAAAGGUCAUGUUAUCGUAAGGCUAAUACCUAUAUGGACAGUAUGAAAUAUGAAUAGCCGAAUUAUUUUGCAUACUGAGUUUCUAAAUAUGUUUGAUCUUUUAACUGUUAUCUACUCAUCGAUAUGUAUCAAAACAUUAAGCGAUAACGACUAAUGAACAGUGUGCCAACAAUAGAUAUAAAUUGUUUGAAA